GCGGGGUAAGCGAAGUUGGGGUAAGCGAAGGCCCCGCGCGAACCCGAGCUAGUGGUUGGGGACUGUGCGGUCGAUUGCCAAAGCAGGGGCUCUGCACAAUUCCACUCAAAGCGCCCCUCAGACCCUGCGCCAUGCGGAGAAGUCUUGGCUUUCGUGAACAAAGAGCUCUUGCCCCGGUCGUCAAUGUCCCGAGCUUGCGGUUGAUGGGUGAUAGUCAAGGGGGGAUUAUCGAACGUGGGGAGAGAUGGAGGUGGAACAGCAUGUACACUUAAAGCUCUCCGCUUUCCACCGGCGCCAAAGCCAGAUCACAUCACAUCCAGACCAUCUCUUUGCCUUUUAUUCCAUCACAUAUCUGCAGGAUUGGAUCACAAAGUCUCUACUAUCAUGGCCAACUUUCUUAUGCUCGUCGUCGCGGUGGUGACCGCGAUGGGCGGAUUUACGUACGGCUUUGACUCCGGUAUUGUUGCUACAACUUUAGGACACAACACCUUCAAGCUGUACAUGUUUGGCCCAUCUCGGAAAAACCCCGCACUCUCCGGAGCCAUUGUCUCUGUCUAUAAUGCUGGACAAGCUCUCGGUGGCUUGUCUGUUGGUUACAUAGCAGAUAAGUUCAGUCGAAAGUACACCAUCUCAUUUGCAGGCUUCUUAGCCAUAGUCGCAGGCAUUCUACAAGCCGCAGCCGUCAGCCCCGUGAUGCUCAUCAUUGGGCGCCUCGUAGGAGGAAUUGCUUGCGGUCAACUCCUCUCUGUCGUUCCCGUAUACAUUGCUGAAGCUGCGCCUCCUAAGCAACGCGGUUUUCUCGUCGGUCUUCAAGGCAUGCUGAUUGCAAUCGGUUUCGGCCUCGCAAACUGGGUUGGUUAUGCUUGCUCUUACGCUACUGGUAAUGCACAAUGGCGAAUCCCUCUAGCAAUGCAGAUUCCUGUACCAGUCUUUCUAACUAUUGCUGCUCUCUUCGUCCCAUUCUCCCCACGUUGGCUUGUUCAGAAAGAUAGACAUGAAGAAGCUCGAAUCGUUCUUUUGAGGCUCCAUAAAACCCGUGAUACCUUUCUCGCUGACCAAGAACUCAUUCAAAUCGGCGAACAGAUCAAACUCGAGCGAGAGCAGGGAAACACGUCCUGGGGAAUCGCGCUCAAGAAGAUGUUUUCGCGCCAAUACAUCCGCCGUACAAUGACAGCUGCAUUCAUUGUUACCAUGGGUCAACUUAGCGGUUCCUCUGUCAUCCAGAACUUCCAAAACAUCUUCUACGCUACCGUUGGAUACACAGGCCAGACGGCUCUGCUAAUCAGCGGUGUUUACGGGAUGAUGGGGAUCUUUGGCCAGAUCUUCUACCUCGUGGUUGUCGCUGACAAGUGGCCACGUACUCGAACACUGUGGACGGGUUCUCUUGCCCUGAGCACCGUGAUCGCCAUUUGCAUGGCUCUCAGCGCCACCUUCGGCGCUGGUGGAAAUCAGGAUGGCGCCAGAGCAGCGAUAGCCUUCAUCUUCAUCUAUUCCUUCUGCUACGCCGUGUUUUUCAACGCCAUGAUUUGGGUCGUGCCAUCGGAACUAUUCCCCUUCUUCUUGAGGACGAAAGGUCUUGCGUUUGCCGUGUUCGCCAAGGCGGUUGUCGCCAUCGUCCUAUCCCAGAUCACACCAAUCGCAAUCGCAAAUGUUAGCUGGAGAUUCUAUUCUCUCUUUAUCGCAACGAAUUUUGCAGCCGCAGUAAUUUACUUCUUCUUCCUCCCCGAAACCGGCGGAAAGUCGCUCGAGGAGAUCGCAGAGGUUUUCGGUGAUGCUCUGGCGAGCGAGCAUAUUGGCGACAUCAAGAUUACAAAGCGGCAAGAGGCAGAGAAUGGUGAGUUCAACGAGAUGGAGUUCGCUGUUUUGGAUGCGCAGGCCAAGGAGAAGCACGCUGUGUAGAUAGAACCUUUAUUUGCUCGCGACCUCUGGUUUGAGAAUUGGGCGACCAGGCAAAUACAUAGAAGCAGUAUAUGUAGAAAGGGAGGUGAGACCAACACUUGAGCCACAACGCGCGACUUGUCCAAACGGUUUGUCGAAUAAACCCCUGAAGGAAAAUAUGACUUGCC